GUUGUUAGACCAGCAAAACAGGUUGUUAGACCAGCAAAACAGGUUGUUAGACCAGCAAAACAGGUUGUUAGACCAGCAAAACAGGUUGUUAGACCAGCAAAACAGGUUGUUAGACCAGCAAAACAGGUUGUUAGACCAGCAAAACAGGUUGUUAGACCAACAAAACAGGUUGUUAGACCAGCAAAACAAGUUGUUAGACCAGCAAAACACGUUGUUAGACCAGCAAAACAGGUUGCUAGACCAGCAAAACACGUUGCUAGACCAGCAAAACAGGUUGUUAGACCAGCAAAAGAAGUUGUUAGACCAGCAAAACAGGUUGUUAGACCAGCAAAACAAGUUGUUAGACCAGCAAAACAGGUUGUUAGACCAGCAAAACAGGUUGUUAGACCAGCAAAACAGGUUGUUAGACCAGCAAAACAGGUUGUUAGACCAGCAAAACAAGUUGUUAGACCAGCAAAACAGGUUGUUAGACCAACAAAACAGGUUGUUAGACCAGCAAAACAGGUUGUUAGACCAGCAAAACAAGUUGUUAGACCAGCAAAACAGGUUGUUAGACCAGCAAAACAAGUUGUUAGACCAGCAAAACACGUUGUUAGACCAGCAAAACAGGUUGCUAGACCAGCAAAACACGUUGUUAGACCAGCAAAACAGGUUGUUAGACCAGCAAAAGAAGUUGUUAGACCAGCAAAACAGGUUGUUAGACCAGCAAAAGAAGUUGUUAGACCAGCAAAACAGGUUGUUAGACCAGCAAAACAGGUUGUUAGACCAGCAAAACAGGUUGUUAGACCAGCAAAACAGGUUGUUAGACCAGCAAAACAAGUUGUUAGACCAGCAAAACAGGUUGUUAGACCAGCAAAACAGAUGGUCGGACAGGAAAACCUACUAGGAGAUGAACCAAUAAAAUGA